AAGAGAAAGCGCCGCUCCACUUCAGUCGAGCGUUGACGUUCUUUACCUUAUUUUGUUUGGCUUUUUUUUUUUUGUUUAUUUCUUGUCUUCGGUCGACAUUCAGCCGUCGCUGACAGCAACCUAGACGAUGUCAGGUGACACAGCGAAACUCUCCAAAAACCUUCUGCGCAUGAAGUUCAUGCAGAGAGGUUUGGAUGCCGAGACGAAGAAGCAGCUGCAAGAAGACGAGAAAAGGAUAAUCAGUGACGAGCACUGGUACCUUGACCUGCCCGAACAACGCACGCAAGAGAACUUGAUCGUGGAGGAGAAAAGUUUUGUUCCGUUCGAGGGUCUUUUGUACGGCCGAAUGUCCUUCCGAGGUUUCAACCCCGAAGUUGAGAAGCUGAUGGCGCUGAUGAAUCCUCACGUCGGGGAACCGCAAGCGGACGCCGAUGCCGGACGCAUGCAGACGGAUGUGACGGACGAAGAGAUGGCGCUCAGGUACGAGAGUUUAGUGGGAAGCCUGAAGAAGAAGUUCGCUCGCAAGCGAGACCGAGGCGCCUGCCAAGACGACGACCUCGACGUCAACAGUAACAAGCUGGAGCAAAACGCAAAGAAAAUGUUCCUGAAGCCUUCCGACUGACACACAAAUGCACUUGUGAUGGGAUUUUUU